AUGGGGCACGCUGCGCAUCCGCUGCCGCCCUCCAGCAGCCUUCCGCCCUUGCGCACUCUGGCCCAGCUCACCGAAGCCGAUGUCGCCGCUGCCCUACAGAACCUGUCAAGAAUCUACUGCCCCUUGGCCGUGUCCGUCGCCUUCCAGCUUACCCCCGAAACUCAAAAUUUUCUUCACCAUGAGACAUCUCUCGCUGACUCUGGCUAUGUGUCAGAGACAGACGAUGAUCAUGAAGAGAUUGACGGCGUCGACCAUCAUGUUGCAGCCCUCAAAGUCGACGUCUUUGAGCGCAAUUUUGCCGAGCGCUGGUUGACUGGCUUCAUCGCCAGAGCCGAGGCCCUCCCCUGCUUUGAAUCCGACGAAGCUUGUCAACACGCUCUAGACCAGGCUUCUUGUAUCCUCGAAUCUUUCUUCGCCGCACCUCGAGACGACGAUGCCUCGGAUGCAAAGGAUCAGGAUUUCACGCGCGAUUUCGCUUUCCAGCUCUCGCUUUCAGGAACACCGCCAGCGAGCGUGCCCGUCACCGUCCGACUCAACGAUAGGCUGGCAGGUACGAACUCGGCUGACCCUGACGAUGUCGGUCUCCAGAGCUGGGGCGCCUCCAUCGUCUUGUCCGAGAUUAUGUGCUCCUCGCCGGAGCGUUUUGGUCUGACACAACCUCGACUGGGUCUUUCGCCACGCGUCAUCGAGCUUGGUGCCGGUACGGGGCUUGUCAGUCUCAUGCUUGGCAACAUGCUGCCUCACCUGGGAGCAUCGAGUCCAACCAUUGUUGCUACUGACUACCAUCCGGCCGUGCUCGAAAACCUGCGGUCCAAUGUCGCUCUCAACUUUCCGCCUGCUGAGCCAUGCCACGUACAGACCACUACCCUCGACUGGGCUGCGCCUGUGCUGGACGCACCGCUCGAUGUUCCGGCCGACAUCAUCAUCGCGACAGACGUCGUCUACGCACCGGAGCAUGCCAUCUGGCUGCGUGACUGUGCGACUUGCUUGCUCGGGGACUCUGGCAUUUUUUGGCUUCUUGUCACAGUGCGGCGAAACGGCCGAUUCAACGGCGUCAGCGACAGCGUCGAGUCUGCUUUUAGGGCCAACAAUGGUCUCAAGCGCUCAGACGGCAAAAGACUUGCCAUCCUGCAAUCGGAAGAACUGCAGAAACGCAGCGGAGUCGGACGAGGGGAUGAGAGUGGCUACAAGCUUCUCCGAAUUGAAUGGGCCUAG